UACCACCAUUCCAAUCUCCUUUCUCUUCUCUCUCUGACAUAAACCCAACAAUACUCGAACACACCAAACAAGAAGCUAGAUUUCAAUUCGAUAUGUGUGAUUACAGUAGUAAUCCCUCUUCUGACUUCGCUGUCCUGGAGUCUGUUUGCCGGCACUUGUUCGACGACUCCGACUCUCGUCGCUUCGACGCUCCCAUGUAUUGCCGGAGCAAUAGUUUUAGUAGCUUGUUUGAAACUGGGGGUGAAUUGCCUUUGAAGGAGGAUGAUUCCGACGACAUGGUGAUCUAUGGCUUUCUCCGCGACGCCGCCAUCGGAGGCUGGACACCCACGCUCGCUCCACUCUUUUCAGAGACUGCCUCCUACGGUUUCUCUGCCGCCCCCACGGUGGCCGUGAAAUCGGAGCCGGAAGUUUUUCCGGCGGAGGUUAUUGGAGUGCCCGAGAAGACGGUGGACCCACCGGCGAAAUUACCUGCUCCGGCGGUGGUGCCGGCGAAGGGGAAGCAUUACAGGGGCGUGCGGCAGAGGCCGUGGGGGAAGUUCGCUGCGGAGAUUAGGGAUCCGGCGAAGAACGGGGCUAGGGUUUGGCUGGGGACGUUCGAGACGGCAGAGGACGCCGCACUGGCCUAUGACAGAGCCGCUUAUCGGAUGCGCGGCUCUCGCGCACUGCUCAAUUUCCCACUCCGAGUUAACUCGGGGGAGCCCGAUCCAGUCCGAGUGACCUCAAAACGAUCCUCACCUGAGCCUUCCUCUUCAUCAACGUCGUCAUCAUCAUCAGAUAAUAGCUCACCCAAGCGUAGAAAGAAAGUGAGUAGCUUGGCUGCUCCCGCUGUGGCGCCGGCAACGGCUCAAACUGGAAUCGAAUUAGGGAAGUCAAUGGAGGGAUCCCAGGCGGGAUAUGAGGUGGCACAGCUUACACAUGGCCCACAGCUAUUGGUUCGCUAAUGCUGACAUCUGAAAUCCUGAGUCACACUUUGUUCAUAUUCAUCGCAAAGACAGAUUUCCCCAAAUUUUGAACUCAUAAACCCCAAAAAGAAAAGAUCAAAAACAGAAAAGCCGAACAAAAAAAAUGGGGUCCAAGAAAUAGAUUUGUGAAUACAUAUGAUUUGUUAUUUGUUUGAUGGAGGUUUCUGUGAAAUGGCUCUUUUUAUUCUUUUUA